GAGAGGGGGGGUGGAGAGUGACGCGUGAGCGGCGAGCGGUGACGCGCGCUUUAUAGCCGGGCGAGCUGAGAGCGACGCGGACAGCAGCAGGCGCGGCCCCGAGUUAGCAGAGACCCCUUGCGUCCCGGGCCCUGUCGAGCCCUCCUCCACCUCCUCUAUCUGCCGGUGCGCUUUCAAACACAGACACCACCAACCACCUCCUCUAUAAGCCGGCGCGCUUUCGCACGGAGCUUACACAACCUCGUCACGCACGCCGAGCGGCCGGACUCCAGCAGGAUUUCGCGUGGAGCCAACCGGGAGCCGUCCCCGCCGGGCCGGCUUCAUCAGCAGCAGCAGCAUCGUCAAGAGCUGGUGGGCUCCUUUCCCCGGGCCGGCCCUGGCCGCGUCUCCCCGGCCCCCCGCGAUGCCCGCGCGGCGCGGGGGUUGCGAGCCGAGCGCCGUUCUGAUCGCGGACUUCGAGGACGCGGGACCCCUGACCGUGGACGUGCAGGCUGAGCUCGUCGCGCUGUUCAGAGCGCAGGGAGGCCGCGUGGCGUGGCCCCGCGUGCAAGUGGAGGAGGAGGAGGAGGAGAGGGGGGCGGAGGAGGAGGAACGGGGGGCGCCCCCCCGCGUCGCGGUGCAGUUUGCGAGCCCCGAGGCGGCAGCGCGAGCACGCUCGGCGCUGCACGGGACGCGGCUCCCGGGGGGGGGCACGCUGCAAGUGCAUGCGGCACACGCCGUGAUGGGGGACCCCGAGAGUCCCGGGGCAUCGCUGGCCCUCCCCCAGCCAGGCCGCGUGUGGCUCAUCUCCCCCCCUGGGUCCCCCCCCGCGGGGUGGCAGCCCAGGCCCGACCCCGCGCCGCUCGUCAACUACGACCUCCUGUGCGCCAUCGCGCAGCUGGGACCCGGAGACAAGUACGAGCUGCACGCCGGCACGGAGCGCACGCCCAGCGUAGUGGUGCACGUGUGCGAGGGCGACGCCGAGGCCGCCGCCGCCGCCGUCGCCCCCAAGAUCGAACCGACCCGCCGACCCGAGGCCGCACCGCCCGCCACGGCGCCCUGAGCAGUGCGGACCACGUGGGCGCAACGCACGCGGCACAACGCACGCGGCACAACGCACGCGGCACAACGCACGCGGCGUCACGAGACCACGUGGGCGCAAAUUACACAGCACAACACAUACGGCACAGCGCACAGGGCAAAGCGCACAAUGCAUGGAACAACACGCGGCACAACACACACGGCACAGGAGAACCCACAUGGCACAACGCAUGGAACAACACGCGGCACCUGCAGCAUCGACAUCACAAGCCAUAUGGCACAACGCAUGCAUCACACGAUCACCAGCACACGUGUGUAUGUAUGUUGGACGUCUCUCGCGCCGUACGUAGCCAACUGUGCUCAUCUUGCUGCGGCUGCGACUCGGCACCAACAGCACAAACAGCACGGCACUGGCACCGCGUUUCAAAGUGUACACGAUGAUAGCACUAGCAGUACACCUCCGUCUCACACACAGCUCUAACAGCACACCCCCUCUUACACACAACACUAACAGCACACCCCCUCUUACACACAGCACUAACCGCACACACCCUCUUACACACAGCACUACAACACAGGGUCACAGCACUAACAGUACAUCCCCUCUUACACACAGCACAAACAGUACACCCCCUCUUACACACAGCACUAACAGCACACCUCCUCUCACACACAGCACUAACAGCACACCCUCU